UAUUACGUGUAAAACCCCUCAUAACGCUGAACUGAGGUUUCCUUUCUUCCUUUUCUCACAUCUUCAUUCUAUUUGCUCAAUUCCUCAAAAUGAGCCCUCGUUCACGCCUUCCACUCCACAGAUUCCUUCUUCGGAUAUCUCAGCCUUCAAUUUCUUCAUCUUCCUCUACCUUCCGCCCAAUUCUGGACUUCUCUGUGAAGCCAUGGCGAGCAGAUGAUCUCCAUUUUCCCUACCUAAUGAGCUUGAAUAGUCGGUUCGUAUCGCUUCACUGUUUUCGGAGUUACAGCGGUGCUUCGGGCUCGUCGGAGCCCGAUUUCGAUCAGGUUAGAGAGGUGGACAGGAUCAAUCUCAAGUUCGCCGAAGCUAGAGAAGAAAUUGAGUCAGCUAUGGAGUCUAAAGAGACUGUAUAUUUUGAUGAAGAGGCUGAGUGUGCUCGGGAUGCUGUCAAAGAAGUUUUAGAACUGUACGAGGGGCUUCUGGCGAAGUUGUCUGACAGCGAAAGGAAGGCGCUGCAGAGGUCAAUGGGGCUUAAGAUUGAGCAGCUAAAGGCUGAGCUUAAUCAGCUUGACGAGUAAUUGAGGUUCAUGUAUUUUAUUUUGUUCUUCCUAAUUUUCAACAUAUCAAAUUCCCAUUCAGGUUCUUACUUGAUUGCUGCUUGUGACUGGGAUAGCAAAUCUGGCGUUAAUAAUUCAAGCUCUAGGGUUUGGAACGGCGAGGAGGAACUUGUUUAGUUGUUUCUUCUUUGAGAAAAGAUGCUACUGCCAGAAAUUAAAAAAAUAUGUACUUCAUUUUUUCCAAUUUGACAUUUGUUCUAAAUGGUUCGGUCAUUGGUGAUCGGGAAUCUCGUUUAUCGUAUUGUAAUUGAUAACUGAACUAACCCAUGAAAGCAUUGUGUCUAUAUAUACAUAUCAAUUCAGUUC